AUGCUAAAAAUCGCCGCUCUAUUGGAAACCAUUCGGUUGAAGUUCCUAAUAUGCAACUGCUGCGUAGAAAAUUUGAUCGCUUUGCAUUAUCUACACUUGAUUCUCCUAACUAUUUUAACAUAUUUCGAUUUGAUACAAGAUGAAUGGAUUGACAUCUCUCGCGAAAUUUACAGAUUAAUUUUAUCUUGGAAUAAUUCCAUGGUCAAUGGGAGAAUACUUUAA